CGAUGAACGUAUUUUUUUUCAACACGGCGCCAAUACCUGUCGGUUGUCCUUGUCAGUUCCCUGUAUUUUCGGCCUAACUUAUACUUUAUUUUUAUAAUUUAAUCUUUUCCUAUAAAACACGAACAAAUGGCUACUGAGACAAUGAGGGAACUCAUUGUCAAAUGGAGGGAGGAAAGGCUAAUGAAAUAUAAACAGAGGCUGGAAUCUAAAAAUGGCGGUAAACCUAUACCGCAUUUGUCUAAAAUUUUAGGAAUAAAAUUAACUUCAACUGAAUCACAAAACCUAGUCGUCAAGCAUGUACAAGUGUUGCCUCCUACUAAAAUGACUGUAUUAAAAUGUAGAAACCAACCGCCUAAAAUAAUACCAAAGGAAACUAAACUCAGUUUACAAAGGAAGCAAUUAAAAAAUCCAGAUUUUUUAUUUCGCUUAAACUUUCCGAAACAGCAAAUAAACCAAAACAGACUUGCUACCAACAUUCAGAGCAAUGAGAAAAGCAGAAAUACAGAAAAAGUCAAAUCACCAGUUCCUAAUCAUGAAAGUAUUCUUGUUGUAAAGGGACUAGACAAAUGGUUGCAAAGCAGGGGGAAAAUUCGAGAAUUUUCAAAACUGAAACAAAUUGAAAAUAUUGAGCCGUUAACAAACAAGGAGAUGCAAAAUGAUGUGCAGCCCAGCCCACCACAGAUUGGUGUAUCAUAUUAUAAAGAUCUUGUAGAAGAGCUGUGUGCCCUAAUCCGUUCUGGCUAUCCUUUGCAUAACGGAGAACAGCUGCUACAGAACCUUUUAGAGUCUUGCUGUAAUCUUAAAGAUGAACCGAUAUAUUACGAGUGCAUGGCACUAAUAAACAAUAGAAGUAAAGAUGAAAGCGAAUCCAAAGAGAAUCGACCUACAAGCUCGCCCAUUGAUGAGAUAAAUAAAAAGUUGAAGGCUAUCAACUUAGAUGGCUCCUGGUUAAAUAAAGAGGUCCUUAAAGAUGAUGGCAAUACAAAAUCGUAUACGAUUAAGUUUGCAAUUUCCAAAAACAAGAAACUGAAUAUCGAUUACUACAGAUGUCGGUUGUGGGAUUCUGGUGUACUCUGCCAUGACUCCGUGGCUUGGUGGUUCCUGGGUGGGAUGCUUAGACUCUCAAAGAGAAUUCUUGGUAUCCUGCUGGGUGUCGCCUUGCCGUGACAAGCCGCUCAGGUUGCGGCUUGGGUAGCAGGGUUCCCGUCGGUCGCAGUGCUCCAGUGGAGAUAAUACAGAUGGCGCUGUGGCAAAGGAGUUCUUGGUAACUCCUGUACGUAAAAGCAGAAGAUCUCAAUUUGCCACACCCUCUUCAAUAA